AUAGAGGACAUGGCAGCAGGAAACUACUGCACAGUGACUGAGUUUUUCUUGGCUGGGCUCUCAGAGAAGCCAGAACUCCAGCUACCGCUCUUCCUCUUCUUCACAGGAAUCUAUGUGAUCACUGUGGCAGGGAACCUGGGCAUGAUCACACUGAUUGGGCUCAGUUCCCACCUGCACACACCCAUGUACUUUUUCCUCAGCAGUCUGUCCUUCAUUGACUUCUGUCAGUCCACUGUUGUUACCCCUAAAAUGCUGGUGAGCUUUGUGACAAAGAAGAACCUCAUCUCCUACCCUGGAUGCAUGGCUCAGCUCUACUUCUUUCUCACUUUUGGCAUUGCAGAGUGCUACACAUUAGCUGUAAUGGCGUAUGACCGCUAUGUUGCCAUUUGUAACCCCUUGCUUUACAAUGUAACCAUGUCCUAUCAGAUGUACUGUUCCCUUGUUUCAGAAGCAUAUAUAUUUGCUGUGUUCUGUGCAUCCUUAAACACUGCCUUGAUGUUUAGGAUUCAUUUCUGCAAAUUAGAUGUGAUUAACCACUAUUUCUGUGAUCUUCUUCCCCUCUUGCAACUUGCAUCCUCUGAUACCUAUAUCAAUGAAAUAUUGAUUCUGUUUUUUGUUACACUGAAUGGCUUUGUCCCAGUGCUGACAACUAUUACUUCCUACAUCUUCAUUAUUGCCAACAUCCUGCACAUUCACUCAAGAGAGGGCAAGUUUAAAGCUUUCAGUACUUGCAGUUCUCACAUCUCUGCUGUUGGUAUCUUCUAUGGUUCAGGUGCAUUCACGUACUUUCAGCCAUCAUCAUUAAAUUCCAUGGACCAAGCGAAAUUGUCCUCUGUGUUUUAUACUAUAAUUGUACCCAUGCUGAACCCCUUGAUAUACAGCCUGAGGAAUAAGGAUGUAGGUGUUGCAUUGAAGAAAAUACUUCAAAGAAAACGAUUCAUAUAAGCAGAACUUAUGUAAAAAAUUAUUUAUUAC